AAACUAAGAAAGAAUACUGUUUUCACUAAAAUUAUUUAAAACAAAGGCAUCAAAAUGAGUAUGUCAACGACUCUAAGGUUCGAAUUGAACACUGGUAACAACAUGAAAGAGGCUUUUCUCAAACAACAAGAAAGAAUUCAGAAAGAUGAAAUGAUGGCUGGGAGAGAAAAUAUUGUAAGACUAGAAAAAAAUACAAAUUUAAGGGCAGAGUGGAAUGAAAACUUGGAAAAAGUAUCUUGGAAUAAAAGAAUACAAGAUGAAAAUAAAAGAAUCCAAGAUGAAGUUAGACUUGCUGCUAAAGCAGCCAUAGCAGUCCGACGAAAAGCCCUGCAACAGCUGAUCCAGAAAGAAAUGGACAUGUAUGAACAAGAACUCAGUCUGCAGGGUAAAACUUUCUUCAAACAAAGGAUAUGAACUUCUCAGCUGGAAGAUGGAAGUGGAAUGUUGUGUAUGAAUGUGACAACUGUGAAUUUUUGAUGAGUGAAUGUUGAAAUUAUCCAGCAUUAUUUGUCCUUCUCUGUUACUCUGGUUUAGAAAUAAUUAUGCUGAACUGCAGGAUAUUUUUACAUUAAACUGUACUUAUGUUCUUGUAGACUUUGUGAUACUGCUGCUGGUAGAAGUGAUCCUUCCUAGUUUAUUAAUUAUACAUAUGUAAUAUGUGCCUUAUAAUUUUUGGUAUAUUAAUUUGAUAAAAUCAACCUGUGGCAUAAGAUUAAUAGCAAAAAUAUUCUACAUGUAUAUACCUAUAUAAUAAUAUUACAUGUAAUUACAAAUAACAUCUGAAAUAAUUGUUACAUAUACUAAUCUGACUGUUUUAAGUAUGAUGAAAGUCCGUUGGUCAAUUUCAUCUUUAUUUUGUAUUUACUAUAUUGUUGAAUAACUUUGUUUCUUACAAGUAAUCUAGCAUUCAUAUGAUAAAAGAAUAAUGAAAAAUUGAUAUGAAGAAUUUAAAUCUAUGGAGUUAAAAGAUAACUGGUAUUUAAAUCUAUGGAGUUAAAAGAUAACUGGUAUUAAAGAAUUAUUCUUUUUACAAGAUA